AUGGCCGACGCACCACCUCCUCCACCACCUCACGGAGCGAACCCAAAGUCAACAUCCGGCGGUCUGCCUGACGGCAAUUAUGACAUUUUCAUUAUCCCGCCUCACAGCUCAGGCUCUGGAUUUCUAUACCUGCCUUCACUCCAACCACAACGCAAUUCGUUCAUCGCUGGAUUCGCGUGUGCCGUCUUCUGUUACCUGAUAUGGGUGACGGCCGUACCAGUGCUAGGCCAAUGGCUGUCCAUUAUUGCUGCUAGCGGGAGUGCUGGCGUGCUUCUGCUUGUCGCUGGUGUGGGUGCUGUCGCAUGGGCUUUCGGAAAGACGCAGGGUGAAAGCAAGCAUCAGCACUCUCACAGCCCACCACCUUCUGGUGGCAGUGAUGGGGCUCAAGGAAGUGCAGGCACAGAAGGAGGAAACAAGAACAGCAGUGGUCCUUAUAAUGCUUCACAUUCCUCAGGCUCAAACCAUGCACAUUCCGCACCACCUCCGCGCACCCCCCGACAAGAUUACUCGACCCUCCACCAAGGCAGGAUUACAGACCACCUCCGCAGUCAGAAUACUUUUCUCAACCACCACCUGAACACAACAAUCCUCCUCCCCGACCCCCACCGCCACCAGAAUAUGCUGCUCCACCACCACCUCCGUCACCUCAACCCGAAUAUAAUGCUCCUCCUCGAUACACCGCCCCACCGCCUCCUCAGCAGGAAACACCGAAGCCUACUCCUCCACCGCCAGCUGCCUCGCCAGAGCCUCAACACGGUCUGCAACCGACGCUGCAGCAAGCUGGGAGAAGGCCCGAGAAGAAACUCGUAA